CUAUAUUUUUUAAUAGCAGAAACCUUCCAUGGAAUCUGCACUUUGCCUCCACUAUGGCCCCUUGCCCUCUCUGGCCCAACGCAUCCCUUCCACAGUGAGCACUACAAGGGCCACCAGGCCCUAUUUCACCUUUAGCCAUUCUUCUCUUAUGCUUUCUAAUGCUUCCACAAGCCAGCUGAAGGGGCAUGACUCCAGACCCAUAAUUAAGCAGAAAGCUCCAUCUGUUAGGGCAUCAGCAUUCCCCAUGGGCGGGAAGGCUGCGCUUCAGUCAUUUUUGGAUAUGAGUGCCUACCUAGCCUCCAGUAAUAUAGACUUCCAAAAGGGGAGCACUUUCAUCCUCAUCCCUUCAAGGCCUUCGGUAGAAGAUGUUGCUGUUCUAAAGAUGAAGGCAAUGCAGCUAUUGAGAUCAAGGAAGGGUACUGAGGCAGAGGAACUACUACAACAAGCAAUUCAGAAUUGUGAAGAUGAUCCUGAGCCUGCAUACAAUUUGUCCAUAGCAUUAGCAGAAGUUCUCAUAUUUCAGGCAAAAUACGAAGAAGCUCAUAAGUGUCUCAAGGACCAACUUCACCCUUCCGAUGCUCGAUUUCAUCUUUAUAAGGCUAUUGUAUAUACUAUGUUGGAUAACAACGAGGAAGCAAAGAAUUGGUGGGAAAAGUUUAUAACUAUCAUUGAAGGAGGAUUGGACAUACCUAUAGAUAUAGAGUGAUGUUUCAAACUGUAUGUUAUGUGCGCAACCUCAGGUUAUCGCCUUUAAUUAUCAGUCAAAUCACAGGCAUUGCGCGCGUGAUAAUAUUUGUACCUUGAAAUGAGAUCACUAGAUCAUCAAUAGUGCAUUAUAUCUUAAUUAAUA